AUGGCGUCGCUGCUGGAGGAGGAGACGGCCUCGGAAUCGGAUGCGGGGAGUUGGAACGUCGGUCUAGGUGCCAAGUUGGGGCAUGGUGGAGAGAUCUUCAUCUUGGUGCUGUUUGAGACGCCCUCUGGCUUUGCAAUUUUGGUUUAUGAUGGAGUCAAGCUCUUUCUACCAGGUGCCAUCCAGGAUAUCUGGGCAGACUUCAUCAAGGAUUAUAUGACAAAACAAGUUAGCACUCCUCUCUUUCAUUCUGAUGAUUGUUAUUUCUUUAUGCUAUUUGGCUUAAAGAUUUUCAAACUUGACAAGGCCAGCGCCAUUAAGCUUGAUACUGGUGUUGACAAAAAGCUUGCUUCGAUGAUCGAAAAGUGCAUAAAACCUGGACAGAAACUAGCUGUUGGAAAACGUGAAUACCAAGAUAUCAUUGAAAAGAACUUGGGAAUAUCCUGCCUGUGUAAUGAAGCUGUGAUGGAGGUGAUGUGGGGCCUGAAGAAUCUUAUGUGGUAUUUAGUGCCUGAUGAAAAAUCAGAGCUGACUAAGGAGGAUUGCCUCCCGAUGAGUGAAGGAAUGAAAAUUGUCCUGAAUCGCCAUGGCUUUGAUGUCAAACCAGACAUGGUUAAUAAAUGUAUUGUUGAGGCGACAGGCAUGGUGUACGAGUGUGAUUUUUGUGUGGUCAAACAUUCCGAAUCGUUGCACGGUUCUGGUGAACACCUUAAGAAGAUAUCCGACAUUAAAUUUGAGGAUUGGGAUUUACUGAAACUUGCAACCGCUCUCAUGAUGGUAUGUUACCCACAUGGUGAAGUAAUUGUAGCUGGCAAUCCUCAAAAGAUGAUAUCGUCAGAUCAGCUCCUACAUCAGUACCAUAUUAAGGAUGAGUUGUGCUUCAAAACUCACUACCUGCAUAAAAAUCACCAUAAGGCUAGAACAUUCACGGAGAUAAAGAAAAGAUGGACAGUUGGCUCACCUAGAUUGGUACCAAGAGUCAUGUCGUCCUUUUCCAAUUCGCAUUAAUGGCGACUGAGCGGCUAGAGGGAGGUGGAGGUGGAGUGAGGUGGUGCACCACGGCACAGUUAGAGAGUGCAGCUGCGGAGAAAAAGGCACACCUCGUUCAGCGCUCCACCCCUAAGCGCCUCCAUGUCCUCCGGCCGCUUGCCGUUGUCUCUUCCUCAUCUGCCUGUGUUGCCACAGGCCAUCUGCUCGCUCUAGACAUGGCUGCUGUGCCUCCAUGUCCUCCGGCUGCUGCCUUGCGUGGGGAAGCCAUGAUCAGGACCCUGGCUUCCGUCAUCCGCCGCUGCUGUGGGUUCUGCUUGGAUUCGCCAUGCGUUGUGCGCCCUCUCCAGCGAUGGCGGCAGGGGAAGCGGAGGCGACUUGCAACAGGCAGCUGAUGCAAGCGGCAUGGUUUGGAUCGAUGGAGGCGGCGGAG